GUGAGCUAUCCAAGGAAAGCAUUACGGGUGUUGAACACUCAAGACCACAACUGCUUUAUGAUGUGGAUUUGGUUUGAUCGCAAGCGUUUUGCGGAACUUUUUCGACAUUCAAAAUUUGUACAGCUUGGAAACUUUGACGGACGAAUCGUCAUUGGUGAGAUCGUCCGCCGAAUGGAAGAUGACUUAUAUAUCGAUAUUGGACUAAAGUUCAAUGCUGUAUGUAGAGCUCCUUCAGUGAAAAAUGACAGUUAUACAAUUGGAGCAAAAGUUCUUCUUCGAUUGCAUAACCCCGAACUUUCGGAGCUUUUUCUGGGUUCUACGAAAGAGCUGACAUUGUUAGAAGCAGAUGCAACUCUUCUUGGAUUGUAUCAUCCUAAUUCAGCUGACACAAGAAUGAUAUAUUCUUUAAAGAAAAUAGAGAAAGAAGGUUUGUUCAGCAUUUGUAACUUGCAUCUGUGA